AUGUUCGAGUUGCAUGUAUGGGGACCACUGGAAAACUUUGUAUCUUUAUCCCCGGAAUGUAUGGCAAUUGCAUGGUACUUGGGGCUAGCAUUGGACCCCUCCGAGUUUGUGAUCAUUCCUAGCUCCAAUACCACAAUUGCUAGUAAUGGACAAUUGCCAGCAUUGAGACAUGCUGGUCACGUUUAUGGCGGUUUUUUCUCAAUCGUGAGAUAUCUAUUGCGCAUUAACGUAGAGCUUCCUCAGAAAGAUAGCGAUAUAGACGAAGCAAAAGUCACCGCCCUCGCAAACUAUAUUUCUACAAAUAUUUCAUCAUUGACGUUAUACACUAUGUAUGUUCAUAGACAAAACUUUGAGUCGGUAACACGUCCACUUUUCACCGAACUGGUACCAUUCCCAAUGCAGUACAAUCUGCCGUUGCAUCAGAGAGACUUAGCUAAAAGACAGUGCACACAUCAAGGGUUAAUUGGCCAACCGGAAUCAACACAAUUAUCAGUCAAGUAUCCAGCAUCGCUAUCUAAGUUACAAGCUCAAAUUGAAGAGAAAAAUAAACAACGACAAAAAAUAUUUGACGAUGCUAAGGAAAAUUUACGAACACUGGCAUGUGGCCAAAAACUCUAUCGAACUGUGGUGGACUUCAAAGAAAACCGGAAUUCCCCAUUCUUAUUAGGAUCCACUAUUACAAUUGCCGACCUAUUAUUUAUUUCACAUUUGCGAAUACAAACAGCAUCGGUAUUCCCUGUACCGGUAUUGAAGACGCUAAUAGAUACUCAGUUUCCCGAGCUACAAACAUACUUGAAGCUCGGGCUUGAUGAGCUGAAACCUGUGGAAGCAACAUGGAAGAUUGUGGCCCCUCAAGGACGCGAAGUAUACUCUUUUUCCAAUGCAAUACUUCAUUACAUUGGACUCUGA